GGGACUGAGAACCCAGAGGAGGGGCCCAGCCCGUUCCUGGGAACCACAGGCACGUCCGGAUCUGCCGUUACUGCUGACGGCUGCCCAAGGCAGCCCCGGGGCUGAGUCAGGGCCGGGCGCUGGCUGACACGGGAAGGGCGGCGGCUGCGUCGUGAGGUUCAUAACCGCCCCAGCUCCGCUGCGCCACAUCGCGCCGUGACCCUGCCGAGAACCGAGCACCCUGCUCGCACCCAGCCAUGCCCACGGAGACUGAACGCUGCAUCGAGUCGCUGCUGGCCGUCUUCCAGCGGUAUGCGGGGCGUGAAGGGGACAACUGCACCCUCUCCAAGAAGGAGUUCCUGGCUUUCAUGAACACUGAGCUGGCCGCCUUCACAAAGAAUCAGAAGGACCCAGGUGUCUUGGACAGGAUGAUGAAGAAACUCGAUUUAAACAGCGAUGGGCAGCUGGACUUCCAGGAGUUCCUGAACCUCAUCGGGGGCAUCGCGGUGGCCUGCCACGAUACCCUGGUGGUUAAGGCCCCUGUCCACUAGCCCUGGCUGCUGCGUCUCCCCUGCCACUGUGAACAUUCCUCAAACAAGAGCGAUGCAAAGCCAGAAGCAAUGCCCUCAAGAUGGAGACAUCCCAAUUCCUCUUUUUAUCCCUCAUUUUUACGUAUAAAAUAAAAGGUUUAACAUUCUAGUGUAA